AUGGAAGAAAUAAGAAAUUCAGAAUCGCCGGACAUUCCGGAAAUACCAGAAAUUGGCGAUAUAAUACAAGAACCACUACAACAAGAACCAUCAGUGGACGAAGAGUUAGCAGAGCACAGAAAAUUAUUUCAAGCAGCGAUGAGCAAAAUGGAAAAUUUAGAGCUUUAUUCGGUCGGAGGGCCUCUCGGAGAAUACUACAAAGCUAUAAAAUCUUUCGCUUCGUUGAUGGCGAAACAAACAUCAAAAUUACCCGAUUUCCCACCUCUUACAUCAAACCAUAUCGAUUCCGAUAUUCUAAAAACCAUCGACGAAAUAUUAUUGCGUUUAGAUGCUGAAAUAAUAAGUAGUGGCUCAGAGCAAGCACAACUAAAAAAACAGGACAUUGAAUUAUCUUUAGAACAAUUAUGGCAAUCAUUUAUUGGGAUAGCUAAAGCGAGUAAACUGAAAUUACGUGAAUUUGAUUGGGUUUCUGAAUUAUCAACCAAAGUUGAAAAAGUCGAAUUUGAAGUGAAAAAGGUUGAAGCAAUGUUGGAGGGUGUGCUUGAAUCUCCUGAUGCUGUUUCGUUAUCUUCAUCGAUCUCAUCAAAUAAUGGUGAUGUAACAGUUACUGGCAUUAUAUUCUCAUCGUCAUUAUUAGAUGAAUGGUACACGAAAAUUAUUGCAGUCGAAGAAUUAGCACGUGAAGUUAUUGACAAAGUACAUGAAUUCGGUGAACUGUAUAGACAUCCAAGAUUUCGAGCACCGCCUGAUCUAUCAAAGCGUGUUGAUGUAAUAAUUGAGAACUUUUUACCCUCAUUGAAAUCGAAAAUAUCCGAUACCAAAGAAAUUCUUGCUCAUGAUCGUCGUAUUGGAAGAUGGUUCGAUGGUGGCAAUGAAGCCGAUAAAUGGAUUUCAGAAACACUAAAUCGAGCCAAACAAUUAGAAGUCCCGGAUUUCGUUAACAAGUAUGAGUGGGAAGAAGAAGAGAAUAAUCUAGAAUCUUUAGUAGAGGCAAGAAGAAACAUGAUUGAAAAUAUUGCCGAAGAUGCUAAGCAAUUCUAUCAAGAGAAAAUCGAGCAUCUCAUCCUAAAAGCUAAAGAUUUCAAAGAUGGGAUUAAAGAUUUCGAUGAUCAAGAAGAUCAAAUUGUCGUACAAUUAAUGGCAAAGCAACAUAAGACUUUGGAUCAAAAAUUUAAUAAAUUAACGGAUUUUAUUACACUCCUUUUAGAGCAAACCACCACCGAAAACUAUAGAAUCUUACUCAAUCAUCUGGAAUCAAUCCAAUCAAUGCGUACUAAUAUGCAAAGUAUCCGUAAAAUGAUCAUUGAACAUAAUGAUGCUGAUUUAGUUGUCGAUGAUGUCAAUAAGGUUGAACAGGAAAUUAUUGAUUUUCAGCAACAACUGCCUAAAAACGAUAAUGAAGAUACGGCGUUAUCAAAAGCUCUGAGACAAAAACACACCAAAUUAUUAGAUACAAUCCGAAAUAUCAAAAUUGCAUUAUCAGAAAAUCGACUUCAAAUGGCCGCCUAUUUAAGUCCAUCAAGUCCAAGUUCACCAACAUCAUCUGCAUCAGAAUUCGAUCGUCUAUCGAUUGAUAUCAGUAAGAGAUUAGAUAAUUUCCAAGCAAAGCUCAUAUCCCCUCCGACUUACAUGAUCGAUUCGGAAUCCGAAAGUGAAGAACCUGAACGUGUACACGGUCUAACGUGUAGUGACGAUCAUAUCGAAGAUUUAACGGAAAGUUACGGCUCAAUCGAAUCGGACUUGCUAUCAUUCGAACGAAGUCUUUGGGUGGAAUUUUGGUUGACAAGUGAACGCGCGAAACGCAUAAGAGGACAAGAGGCUACUGGUCGAAUUAAUGAAUUAGAAACUACUUUUAUUGAAGUUAAGAGAUUAAUGAAAGAACGUAACAACGAUAUUGCUGUUAUCAAAAAAGGACGUGAAUAUGCUAAGGGGAUAGAAAAAAUUCGUGAUCAACUCGAUGCUGUAAAAGCGAAAAUGAGUAGAGGAGAAACGACAACUGAUUCAUCAAUACAAGAACUUGAUGAAUAUAUGGUGGAAGCUAAACGCUUAUUAAAAGAACUUGAUCAUUUGUAUAAAGAUUUAUUAUCACCUGAUGCGCAUGAUCAAAGUUAUUUGCUUAAAUAUAAAGAAUACAAAGAAUUCUAUAAAAUUGUGGAGGAUUGGAUUGAAGAAGUGCGAAUCUGGUUUAGAGAAGCCGAGCGUAUUCGUAUCUGGAUCGAGAAAAGAAUCGAAAUCUUGGAAAAUGUCGAAAAGGUUGAUGUAUUUCAGACGAGUAACAUUUCAACUCUUGUUACCCAGGAAAAGGUUGAUGACUGGCAAAAAGACUUUGAAGAAUUGGAAAAAGAAGUCGAGAAAUUUGAUGCUGGUGAUAUGGCCCGUUUACGGGCCCAUGUAAAAGAAAUAAUGGGAACCCAGGAAGAGGCGAAUAAAGCAAUGUCUCCCGCGGAUACAACGACCAUUGCAAUUACCCUACAAACAUUAACAAUUCUAGAUCAGCUACUCAACACGCUUAAAAAACGUGAAAAUGAACUAACAUUGCUAUCAUUAAGAGUUCAAUGGGAACGUGAAUUUGAUAGGGCAAUGAAUGUUUGGCAUUCUUUGAUCUCAGAAAUUAAGGAUUUCACCAUCAAUCAUGCCAGAUGGAAACCUCCGAUCAGUCAAACUGAAGAUGGCUGGCUACAACCUGCGCAACAACUAGAACAAAGCGAAGUUAAUACCGAAGCAGAAAAUAUAAAGGAUAGAAUGAGCGACUACAAAAAUGUUUCCAUUCCACCUACCACUGAAUUAUUCGAUGAGUUCGUCGAUACUUCCUACGUUGAAGUUCCCGAUCAUUUAAUGACGAAACAGGAAAAUCUCGAAGAAAGAGAUCUCCAAGAUUUAGAAGACUAUUUCGGCUUCUCAAAACGAGUAAUUGUACAGCGUAAAGACGUAUUGGAUUACGUUCUCUCAGCAAAUUUAAUUCACAAAGAUGGCCUUGCCCUAUUGCAAGAUUUAAUUAAAGAAGAAUCAAAUCCUCGUGGUGGUAAAAUUCAGCAAAAAUUCAAUUCCCGCGUACAAGAAAUCAAUGAUCGUGUUGAAAGCGCAUGGUUAAGUAAAGGAUCAAGAGUUGUUUAUCCAGAUGAUCCUCGGCAUGAUCAAGCGGAAAAUGUACGAGUACGUGAAGGUGUCGAUCAAUACUAUCGAAAAAUGCGAGAACUAUAUGAUAAAAUAGUUGAAGCAUUACGUGCAUAUGAACGUGCUUUACGUCUCGUUACAUUAGCUGAAGAGUAUAAAGAAGCAGCUAAGCGGCUAGAUAAAUGGAUCGACCAACAAAAUUCACUAUUAAAAAAGCGUAAAGUUGAUGUAUUCGUCGAAAAAUGCAAAUACAAUAAACAAGACGUUGAAACUUUUCUCACCGAUAAUAAUCAACUUGUCAUUGACAUUGAAAAUUUCAAAGAACAAGAUUUGAAACCACUUUACGAGAAAAUUUCCGCGCUAAUUUCCGAGGUGAAAUCUAUCGGCACUAAAUGCGUAAACACCGAUGAAUUAGAUUCAAUAGUGUCGGGUCUCGACAACAAAUCAGUAGAUCUCGACGCGAAGGUCGAUUCGCAUGGAAAAGAACUUUAUGUUCUCGAUAAGCGUGUUCAAUGGGAAGAUCAAUAUUCCGAUGCUAAUGAUUGGAUUAAUUCGACAAUGUCAAAAACAAACCGAUUUCUUACCACCUUUGAAUCUUUAAAAAACAUAAAAGAAGAGAUUUCAAAUUUUGAAGAAAAUUCUUUGAAAAACACUCAAACUGCAUUCACUGAUCUCUGCGAUAUAUUCAAUAUAUUACCAAACAUCGAGACUGCACCUGAACAUAUUCACUCCAGGCAAAAGAAGCUUAACGAUAACCUUUUGUCAGUAAAAGAUUUAUCCGAUUACACGCAUAAGGUCAUUGAACAAAAGAAGAGUGUAGUCGAUUACAUGAAUGAAGCGAAUGAAGCCGACUCGUAUGGUGAAAAAAUUAAAUCUGAUCUAACACAAGCACUCUCAACAGUUUUAUCCGAAGGAAAAGAUGACGAUACGAAUUUCAUUGAACGUAUUACUUUAUUCAAAGAGAAAAUUGAUAAAGCUUGGCGUGAACUCGCAGAAAUCGUUCCGUAUCCAUCACGUAAUAAAGAUGAUAACAAAAUUGUCAAUGAUGUCAAUGUUGAUAACGCGUUAAAAAAUGCAGAUGAUGUUAAAUUCAACAAGAGUGUUAAAGAUGCAAUCGAGAAAAAGAAUGACUUGCUUCAGAAACUUUUCAAUAAUUUACAAGAAUUACUCUUAGAUUUUCAACGUUCAAUUGCCCUCUAUCGUAGCGUUAAAGCAUGCGAGGAUAAAGUAAAGGAAUUGAAUGAUUGGAUUAAUGAAAAAAUUCCAAUCGUUGAAGCGAGACGCGUCGAUGUAUUCGCUGAUAACUUAUCCAUGAUGAAUACAGAAGUAGAGAAUUUAAUGCAAGAGAAUAAAGAGCUUUUCGCCAAAGUACAGAAUUUCGAAGCUGAAGACGUUAACACUCUACGUGCGAAGAUUCAAAAUCUACUUGAAGAUAUCAAGGACGCUAAGGCAAAAAAUAUUGAUACAGAUCCAUUAACUACUAGUUUAAAGAAACUUGAAAACGAUCUUGAAACGCUAAAGAAUUUAAUUCAAAUUGAAGCGAAUGAAUUAGAUGCCGUUGAUAAACGUAUCAAUUGGGAAAAUACACAUCAGAAAUCUUUGGAUUGGAUCAAUAAUGCAAUCAAUGAAACCAAGGAUUUCACAUCAUCAAAAGCAGCCUGGAGAGUUGAUACCCCCGAGGAUAAAUCGUCCAUCGAACCACUAGAUGUUGAAUUUAAAGGAAUCAAGGAAAAAGUUGAUUCACAUCUAUCAAAUGAAAUUGCCGAAAAUAAAACCAAUUACGAUCAAUUUAUUCUGGCCAGCGAUAAAUUAACAUAUAAAGAAGAUCGUCGUGUUGAUAUCGAAAAACGUCAAACUCUCCUCGAAUCAAAUGUUAAAAAAUUAAAUGAUCAUGUUGAUUAUGCUCGUGCGCUUUUAGAUCAGCGUGGUGUUGUAGUCGAAUUUAUGUCGGAAGCCUCAAAUCUUGAAUCCAUAGGUGCUGAAUUACAACAACAAUUGAUCGAUGCCGAGAAAAAUGUCGCAUCGGGACCUAGUGAAAUUGAUUUAGAAACCAAAGUCAAUGAAUUCAAUAAUAAAGUCAAAAAUUUAUGGGAAAAUACCGGAUCAAAAGUUCCUUUCCCAAUCAGCGAGAUCAUGAAUGAAGUUGAUCACACGGAAAACUCCGUUGUCAAAGAAGCUGUAGAUAAUCGUUAUGCCUUAUUGAAAGAAUUGGGAGGCUCACUUGAUGAACUUCAUGAAAAAUAUCAAACAUCUCUUGCACUUCAACAACGCGCAAAUAAAUGUCUUUUGGAUUCUGCACGAAUUCAAGAUUGGAUAGCAGGUCGCUUACAAAUAUUGAAUGAUCGUCAAGUUGAUCCUUUGGUCGUGGAAUGUACGUGGAAAGAAUCAGAAGUUCAAAAAAUGCAGCAAGAACACGAAGAAUUCCUCGAAGAAAAUGCUAGAGCUGAUGUCGAAGAUAUCAGUGAACUUCGACGUGAACUUGAAACUUUACUUCAAGAUAUUACCAAAGCUGAUUGUAAAAGCGUUGAUCAAUCUCCACUCGCACAAGCAUUGGAAAAUCUGAAUAAGAACUUUUCAGAUUUACAAGCAAUUUCUUCAUCACGACAAUUGGAGUUGUCCGUACUCGAAAAUCGUGCUAGAUGGGAGGAAAAAUUUGCAUCUACCAGCAAUACACUUGAUGAACUUGAUAGAAAUGUAAAUACUUUUAUAGAAGAUCAAGCUCGGUGGUCACUUGAAACUCGAAGCUCCGAAAUCGAUCUCAAUAAAAUAUUUGCAGACUUGGAAAAACAAGUAAAGGAAUUCGAAGAACAGCCACUCACUUCAACAAAAGCUAAAUUCAAUGAAUUAGAAACCUCAAUAAACAAAUUCCUCUCAAAAGAAACCCCAGAACAUAUAACAGCGCGUCAAAUCGCACUAAAUCAAAAAUUCACUGAUCUAUUGUCCCGAAUGAAUUUCGCUAAACAGGUUCUGGCACAGCGCGAUUCAGUUGAUGCUUUCAUGAAACAAGCAGAUAUCGUACAAAAAGAAGGCGAAUCGCUUAAAUCGAAAAUUGACUCUGCUGAGGAAAACGGCGAAUCAGAUUCCGGAUUUUCAGAUAAAUUAGCAACAUUCAAAAAUAAUCUAGAUGAUCUAAAAACAAAUCAUGCAGAAAAAAUUGUCCAUCCUAACGAUCCGUUAACUUCCGAAGAUCUGAAUGUCUCGAUUAAACAGGCUAUCGAUGAUCAACUUGCCUUGCUCGAUGCUUUAUCUAAAGAGUUGGACGAUUUGCUAAAAUCCUAUCAAGACACCAUGGAUUUAUCUGGAAAUCUCGCAAAAGGAUUAAAAGAAGCCAAAGACAUUGAAAGUGAACUCGACAAAUUCAUAUUCACCAAAGCCAACUGGGAAUCCAAUCAAAAUUCAGAAGACAAUGUUAUUAACUCAAAAGAAACUCGCGAAAAGCUUCUUGCCGAACUUGAUACUAUCAAAGAAAAUUUGGCCAACUUUGAUGAAAAUACUUUACAUCCAGUCAAUGAGAAAUUCAAUAAUUAUAAAUCGAAUCUGGAAGCGUCCGAAAAGCAAGUCCCAGAACACGUUCAAUCAUUGCAUAAGACUCUCAACGAUCUGGUCGAUGGAUUAAAAGUUCUUGACAAUUUUGCAAGAGAUGUUAUUCAACAACGUGUAACAGUUGAUCAAUACAUGAAAGAUGGUGCACAACUUGAAAACGAAGCACGUCAAAUCCAACAGAUCCUCUUGAUGAAUCAUCCAAGUUCACCCGGAGGCGAAGGAAACACUGUGUCAACGGUAGUCGAAAACUUUGCAAAUAGGGUUCAAGAACUUUGGGACGACCUUUCCAGUAAAAUCGUAUAUCCAACUUGUCCGGUUCAAAAUGAGGAAGAUCGCAUGAGUCGCACGGAUGAUAGCAAUUCCGUAAUUCGUGAAGCAGUUAAUGCUCAGAAUGAAUCGUUAAAAUCAUUAUCAAAUAGUCUCAAUGAUUUAUUGAAUACUCAUCAAAAUGUAUUGCGACGCAAGAAGAUGUUAGAGUCUUAUUUACAUCAAGCGGACGAUAUUGCAGCUUGGAUUCAACCGAAAUUAGACAUUGUGCAAAACGUGGCAAAUGAUCAGAAUCUCGGGGAACAAACAGAAGAUCAUCUUCGUGAACUUAUUGGCGAAGUUGAUGGUGUUGACGCAGCUCGCACUGCUUAUCAUAGCGCUUUUGAAUUUGCUAAAAGUCUAGCUACUAGCAUGAUCGAAGAGAUGGCAUUAGAAGUUGAACAAGGCGGCGAUGACGUUGAAGAUAUCAAAAAUGAUUUAGCAUUGGUGCGUAAGAAACAGGAAGAAAUUGACCAAUUAUGGGAUGCGUUGGGUUCGACAGUUCCAGUAGCAAAACAAAUUCUCGAUCAAGGAUUGCAAGUUGUUGAAUUCAAACAAAAAGCGGAUGAAACUUUUGCCAAAAUCAAUGAACUAUCUAAUGUCAUAUUAAACACUCCACCUGAGCAAAUAUCUCCUCAUCUCAAAGAUUGGCAAAUCGAGUUGAAUUCAUUGGAGCAAAAUGAUCUCUUCUCCUUGAUCAAAAUAUUUGACAAUGUACAAGAAAACCUGAAAGAAAAUCCCAGCGCGAUCUCAGAUAAAGAAUCCAAGAUACUUGAGGACAGGUUGCAAGAAGUCAAUGAUGCAAUUAGCGCAUUGAAAAAAUUAUUGAGCCAAAAGAUUGAUGAGGCCGAAGCAUAUCGAUCAUCACAGAUUGCUAGCGCGUACAUGGAUCGUGCCCGAGAUUUACAGCAAUGGAUAAAUGAUUCAGUUGCAAAAUUCCAAGAUUCACUUAGAUACGGGAUUAUGGUUGGUAAUCUUGAAGAGCAAAAUAAAAACAAUUGGGGUAUCUUGAGCUCAGUUUUUGAAGAAUUCAAAGGGGAAGUCCCAGAACGAUUUCUUCAAUUGGAAAGUAUUCGCGCCGAGUUUAACGACAUUGCAUCACAAGAAGGUAUUCGAGAACUCGAUGAAAUCAUGGCGUUACAUUCUCAAUUAGAUGCUGCUUGGGAAUACCUUGACAACGCGACCAGUGAAAUGAAAGGAUUCGUCGACAAAGUAGAACAAUGGUACAAUCGUCAUGAAACCAUUUAUCAUGUUGAAAGUGAAAUAUUGGACGGAUUACCCGACAGAAUAAAUAAGUUGGCUAGCAUCAAUUAUGAAAAUCUCGCAACAGAAGUCAAUGAAUUGGAUGGUCUUAUUAAGAAUGCUAAUGUCGCACUCGAUGAAGUCAAAAACGCAGCCACUCAAAUCGUUGAUAAGCCAGGAGACAUAGUCGAUCAAACCAAUCGUCACAAUUUCGAUGAACAUCAUGCUGACGCAUUAAAACGACUAAAUACUCUUUCAACCUCUUUCCAAGUUGCGCUUAAAGCUGCUCAUAAUGCUUCAGCUUUGGCAGCUUUUCAUGCUGAAGUUAAUCGUAUUAUUGCUGCUUGUCAAGAAGAAUCAGACACUAUACAAACACGUCAUGAAGACUUACAAAACAAAGGCUUUUAUGCGCUCGAAGCUGAAGACUUGGAAAGAGUAUUAAAAUAUUCAAUUGAAGGUUAUGAUGAUGCGGAUGAAAAACUAUCUAAAUACGACGACAAAAUCAACAAUCAACUCAAACGAGAGGCUGAUCAACUCAUUGAACUUAAUCCCGCUGUAAAUAAGGAUCGAAUCUUGAACAUUUUCACCAAAUUGACCGAGGCAUUAAGUCAAUUCUCUGAAGCUGUUUCACGCGAACGUAGCGAACUUGAACUUGUCAGAAAAGUUUUUGCACAUGCAAAAACCGCACAAGAUAUCAAAUCAUGGAUACAAGGAUGUAAGAUGGCAGUAUUAAAUAUUCAAGUAGAUGUUACUGAUCAAGAGGUUGAAAUUGCCGAUUUAGAGGAAAAAAUUGCCGACUUCCAGCACACUGUUGAUAAAUUCCAAAAUCUGAGCAAUAAUUUAUUAAAACAUAUUGAUGAUACGCCAUAUAAAGAGGACAAUUCUAGAAUCAAAGAAGCAAGUCAACAACGAACAAACCGUGUAUUGGAUGAUUGGAAUGGACUCAAAGCUAUGAUGACAUCUGUACGAUCUAGUCUUAACGCCUCACGAGAAAAUCAAGAAGUCUCACGUACCAUCAAGGACAUUUUAAUGGCAAUUGGACAGGUUAGAGAACGAGUAUUCAACAUUGAAUCAUAUAUUACUGGUGGGGAUUCUAUUCAGAUACCAACGAGAGAUGAUGUCGAGUCGGGAGAACGGGAACUCGGUUCAAUUCAAGCUGAAAUUGACCAUAUUCUUCAACCUAGAAUCGAUGGAUUGGAUGUAAUGAUUAGCAACUUAACAGAUGGUGGGGCAAAUUUCAUACAACAACGAGCAGGAAUUGCCGAAUCUUUAACCAAUCUUGCAAGUGCAAUCGAAAAUAAGAAGAAUCAACUUCGUAAAGCUCAAAAACUUGCAUUCUUUGGUACUAAAGCUGAUGAAAUGAAUGCACUUAUGAGCUCUUUAUUAGAUGUUGUUGACGAUAAUGCGCCAUUAUCAUCACUACAAAUGGUUGAACUUCAAUCGCGAAAAAUAGAACUCGAUACAAAAUACAAUUAUUAUCGUCCACGGAUAGAAGAAAAAUUCAAAGAUACUAAACGUGCAUCUGAACCAUUCAAAGAUGACUGGAGAGUUGAAGAGCGGUUAAGUAAUCUAAGUGAACAAUGGAAAGAAUUGGAUGCAGAGGCAAAGGCAAGAAAAGAAGAACUUCAGCGUUUACUGUCAGGACGAAAGAACCGAGAUCGAUCAGGAUCAAUACCAACUAUUCGACCAUACUCACCAGUAACACGUGUAAGGAAUUCAAUUACACCAAAAAAUUCAAACUCAUCACUUCGAAACAAUCGAUCACCAUCGCCGAGAUCAUCUCGUAUAACGUCAUAUACAAAUCCCCAACCUGCUCGUAAUGGUACACGAAAUCCACGGAUAUCAAGUCCGACAAGGCAAUCACCAAGUCCAACAUCCGGAACCCGCCGUCCUCCAAUUCGUUUAUUACCACAUACUGUCAAUAAUUAUAUACCGAAAUCAGAUGAUCCGCUUGAUGUCGAAGUUGCUCGAAUAGUAAACACUUGUCCUGUGAAGAUAAAAGUCACAUUGGUUGAAGGAGAAGAAGGAAAAUAUUUAUUCGGUGAAGUUGAACCAAAACUUUGCUAUUGCCGAAUUCUUAGAAGUCGAAUGGUAAUGGUUCGAGUCGGUGGUGGAUGGGCUGAAUUAUCAAAAUUCCUUGUUGAACACGCUAACUUGGAACAAAAGUUUAUCCCCAAAGCCCAGUCUUUUGUCAGACUUGACGAAACAGACCCAGACGGCAGUGAAACCGCUUUUGGUCCCGGUAUUUAUGAGGCGAACCUCCGCAUCACUCCGAAGGGACCAGGACUCCGAAUCGAGGGAGAAAAAAACGGCGGUCCCUUGGCGUUGAAACACAUGUACACCCGUAAAUAG